GAUCGAUCGAGUUCACUCACAGGCCGCGACUUGUCGACUUGAUUGUAACGCGGAAAACAAAACUAUAUAUUGAGUAAAAUGUGAACUAAGUGCUGACACAUAAACAAAAACAGGUGUAAAUAACAAUUAAUAGUCAGUGACAUGCGUUUACUGAAGUCAUGGUUAUAAAAUAAAGAACAACGAUCAAGUGUUCAUGUAUUUGUGUUUUAACACCCGGAUUUACAUUCGAAAGCGACAUGUUAACCCGAGCUGUAGUUUAAACUCUGGAUUACUUAACAACUCUGGUUCUAAUCAUACUCUAAAGACAAUACGAAAAUCAAAUAUUGAUGACAUCAGCAGAUCCAGGCAAUCUGCGUUGAGAUGAACUUAAUAUGCCCAAUCAGCCUGCUUCUCUUGCCAUUUACCUAUGGACGAGUAUGCACGGAUGACCAACCGUCAGUCGCCAUAUGCGAGACAGGAAGUGUACGCGGGGCGGUUGUAAGCCUCGACAUGACAUUCAUCGGCAGUUAUAACGCGUCAGACUGCGUAUGUCAGAUGAAGGCAAAUACUUCCGGUUUCUCGAUAAACGUCACAGCCGGUGGAUCAGUGUUUGGGGAGUGCGGCUCCCGGCUUGAGAUUUUGUUUAGCGAUAAGAGCUUGCAGAUGAACUGCGGGCCUUCCGUGGUUCAGUCCAGCAUAGGGGACUGGGCCAACAUCACAGUCUCGAACUUGGGUCGCCCCUCCGCUGUGCAUGCGCAGUACUGCUUGACAUUUUUCUCCGAUAAGCCAGGCACCGACUUGGUCCUAUCUUGUUCAGCACCCAGUACCCCCGGGCAAUCAUCUACACCAACUACCACCCCACCACCUCAGAGCAACACAACCUCUGUUCAGCCACAAUCAACCAGCAACCAAGCGUCAAACAAUUCACUAACACUGUCCCAAACCACAAAUAGCUCAGUAUUUCACAAUUCCACCACUACAACUUCUACUAAUACCACCACCAUAGAUACCACUACAAUAUUCACUACGUCCCACACGAACAGCACCGGCGGAAACAAUGCAAAUAUCACUACAAUGAUCCCUUUAUCACAAAACGCCACCAUCACCAACACAACUAGUACCACCACAGUGUUCCCUCUAUCUAUCACAACACAAGCACAGCCUACCGCAUUCACAUUGACGUCAGACCCACCACUGACGUCACUCACAUUACCACCUUCCACAACUGCAGAGAAAACACAAGAAGCUCUUGCCAACUCAACAGUUUAUCCACCAUCUAACAUGACCGCAAAUAACACUCUGCCAAUCACAUCCCAGCUACCAGAGACUGGCGUCUCAACCUCUACUACGACUGUUCCCACCGUAUCAUUAACGACGUCAACUUCUAGUAACUCGUCGACAUCUUCACAAGCUUCAACUACUUCCCUCAGUUCUCCAACUACAUUGAACGGUUCUUCCCCAUUAGCGAUAGCAACAACAGUUCUAAUGACUCUGACAACACCCAAUGCUUCUGGCGUUGACAGGAACGCAACUAAUUCUUUUACAACGAUGACAUCAAGCGUUACUAUCCCGACGGUGACUUAUUCAAACGUCACGGGUACUGAAAAUAGAACAAAUACGACUACAACCUUUACAACUAUUACGUCACGUGUCACUUCGCCGACGGUGACGCAUUCAAACGUCACGGGUACUGCAACUGGGAAAAACACAACUAUCGCUUCUACAACGAUGACACCACGCGUUAUUACAACGACGGCGACGAUUUCAAACGUCACCGGUAGUGAAAAUGCAACAAACACGACUAAGGCUUCUACAACGGUGACGCCACGCCUCACAACUUCGACCAUGACGAAUUCAAACGUCACGGGUAGUGCGAAUGGGACAAAAACAACCACAUCCUUAUUGACAUCAAUUACAACAACGACUGUUAUAAAACACGUUACGACGUCUCCUGUAGUUUCUUCUGAAAAGUCUACCUCAUUUGAAAAUAAAUCAACGUCGAGUAUUAAACCUAAUGGAACGACCACACAUCUGGGCGAAAGCACAAUAAGUUCAACUGUGUCUAUGUCAACUACUUCAAAUGAAAAUUCGACGUCGAACACUACUAUCACGACUCGCGUGACGUCAUCAAAUACUACAUUGAUUGAAACAACUACAACCGUGUUUCCAAAUGCAUCUACUGAACCACAUAAUACAACACAUGGUACAAAUAACACGGUGUUACCGACUUCAACACAAGUCCCUUUCAACCCUACAGAAACAAAUAACACGGUGAUCCCAAACACAACACCAGACACGUUAAACACUACAACAACAACUAGACUUAAUACAGUUCUCCCAAACACAACCAUUGACCCGUUAAACACAACAACAACCACGAAUAACACAGAGUCUCGAAAUACAACAGCUGACCCAUCAAACACAACACCGGAACACAACGCUACAGUAAAUACUACACCCUACAGUAAUGACAAUAGGACUAUCGACAACAGCACCGAUAAUGUAGGAAAAAGUACGGAGGGAGGUCCCACCACUAAGAAGCCCGUUUCUACCGAUGGAUUUUGGGUACCGCCAGUUCAGAAAUAUGACGACGAGCCUCAGGAGACCAAUAUUGUUGUGAUCAUCGUGCCGCUAGUGGGAGUCAUAGCGUUGAUAGUCAUAACGGUGUUUACCUACAUCAUGUGCAAACGGACACGCAAAGCUUCCCGACGCACACUUACACAAGGCGGCAAGACAAAGGGGCGCCAUGACCAGAACGGGAACGUCGAGGGCACGAAAUACACCGGAACGCCCCCAAGCGACCAGCUGAAACCAGCCUCUACUCUGGACAAGUUUACCGUUCUGUCAAACGGGGGGACGGAGACGACAAAGGUCGUGACGGAAGAUGAAACCCGUCCACGUGACUAUGGCAAUCACGUGAUUACAAGUGGGGAUACCAAAGGAGCGCGACUCGACUUAGCGUCUCACUUUGACUCCGCCGAAGCGAGAAACGACAGUGAACGGAAGUUGCUUAGCACGUAUGAACCGACAGAAAGGGAAAGGGACCUGCUAGCAAGUCUCGAGCUGACGGCUAUAGCGCUAGAAAAUGACCCUGAGGACCCUAAUCGAUACUUUACAAAGUCAGAUCCGGGGGAUUGGUAUCGAGUGAUCAUGAAAGGAAAGACUCCAAAAAAGGACUGUGGAAAGCGUUCAAGAAAAUACGAAAUUUCGGAUUCUGUGAAGUCCAAACGAAGAAAUGAUCGACAUAAAUCACGUGACAACUCUAGUGAAAAGCGAAAAAGCAGACGACAUAAGUCUGAAUCAGAACAUGGAUCCAGUGAUUCGUCCGGAAAGCGUAGACUCAGGUCAAAAUCUAGUGAUUUAAAUAACGAGAGAUCAAGUGAAAGCAAACAUAUUGACAGAGAAUAUAAAUCUAACGCUAACAGACAGCCAGAAAACCAUAUAAAUGAUGGAAAUACAAAUUACAAAUCAGGGGAAUUUGCAAAAGCGUCAGUUAUUGAAAGCCAGUCAGUAAAGGUAAUAGAAAGUAAACCGAGAAUAAUAGAAAGUCAACCAAGGGUAAUAGAAAGUAAACCAAAUGGUGUUGAAAACAAAGCGAAAGUUAUUGAAAACAAACCCAGAGUGAUCGAAAGUAUGCCCAGUCAAUUAAGUCACGGCAAAGAAUUGGUUCCCGAACUACAGAGGACUCGAACAGGUAUGAGUCAGGUUAGCUCAGAAAAGGAACCAGGCAAUAUAAGCACUGGAAAUAGCAUACGGGACCUUGUAAACGAGGUAAAUCUACCGGAAGAUAGCGGUAAAUCUGCCGGAUAUCCCAAGAAAAAUGCAGAAAAUGUGCUUUCCAGCACUCAACCAUCCCCUAGUCGUACAAGAAGCAAUUUAUUUAACAGGACAGGUGGACUAACUCAGUCCAUGCCGGUGAAAGAAUCAAAUAAGCGGCCGGAAAUUGUGCCGCCUUUAAAUCUUACAAAUACAGGGGACCGAUUUGAAAUUGAUGACGACGGAUUUGAAGGCUUUGUGUUGAAUAACUAAUGUUUCAUACAUGUACUUGAUUAUUGAAAACAUUUUAUAUGGGUUAUUUAAAGUUGCUGAUUUUGUUGAUUUAAAUAUAUUUAUAUAUAUAAGCAUAUCAUCUUUAGCGGAAGUGACGUUAUAUUAUCGCACGUUACAUACGCGCGCGCCAAUAAACAAUUAUAUCAUAUAUAUAUAUAUAUAUAUAUAUAUAUAUAUAUAUAUAUAUAUAUAUAUAUAUAUAUAUAUAUAUAUAUAUAUAUAUAUAUAUAUAUUGAGAUUGUGGACAUUUGAAAGGGUAUUUGUGAUAAACUCAUACUCAAAUGGUUGUGAUUUAUUACGAGUAUUUUAUAGCGUCAUGUGAUAAUUAUUUAUAUUAGUCUGUGUUCUUCCGGCCAUCUACAGCUGUGUUAAUGAUCGCAUACUAUACUGGUUUUACUUUUAAUCUGUUUGCAUGCUCAAACCAAAAUUGUUUUAAAAUCGACGACCUUGUCACAUCAGACAAAAACUAACAUAUUAUUAAUUAUAAUUGUGUUAGCAUUUUUAGAAAACGUGUACAAACAUUUAUCAUCUAAUUGCACUUAUUUGAAAUAUCUUAUAAGCCUUUGAUUUAUACGAACAACUACUUUCUUCUUUUAAUAAAGAUAUAUAACCUGUAAUUUUGUUGUUGAUAAAAUUCAUAAUUAAAUUGAAUUAUGCACGUAUUAGUAUUUACCAUUUUUAUUCAAUAUUGUUAAAUGAUUACUUGGCCAUAGUGUAUGCAUUUCCAUAUUUACAUUUUGUUAAGCGAUUUUGAAAUACAAUUUAAAAUAC